AUAAACUAAUUAGAUCUGUGGAGGUUGAAAUUAAACAAAACUGAAAUUAAAAAUAUCGAAAUUUACUGUUUUAUAUUGUACAAGUUCAGUGAAUUUACUAUUGUGCACGUUUCUAUAUUUAAAGCCGUAUAAAUGAUGAAACUAGUGGAUCAAGUUGUUAGAAGUUUUAAGGUAGCUAAGGUUUUCCGGGAAAAUACUGACAAAAUAAAUAGUAUAGAUUUUUCACCCUCCGGCGAGACACUCAUAUCUUGUAGUGAAGAUGAUCAAAUCGUUAUUUACGACUGUGAAAAAGGUACACAAAUGAUAACUGUGAACAGUAAAAAGUAUGGUGUUGAUCUUAUACAUUUUACACAUGCGAAAAAUACAGCUAUUCACAGCUCUACAAAAGUUGAUGAUACUAUAAGAUAUUUAUCCUUACAUGACAACAAAUAUAUAAGAUAUUUUCCUGGACAUACCAAGAAAGUAGUUACAUUAUGCUUAUCACCUGUGGAGGACACAUUUUUAUCAGGUUCCCUUGACAAAACUCUCAGAUUGUGGGAUUUGCGAUCACCAAACUGCCAAGGCUUGAUGCAUUUGUCUGGACGUCCAGUUGCAGCUUAUGAUCCGGAAGGAUUAAUUUUUGCAGCUGGUGUUAAUUCUGAAAGUAUUAAGUUAUAUGACUUAAGAUCAUUUGAUAAAGGUCCAUUUGUUACAUUUAAACUAAAUCAAGAAAAGGAAUGCGAUUGGACUGGCCUAAAGUUUUCACGUGAUGGUAAAACAAUGUUAAUAAGCACAAAUGGAUCUAUAAUACGACUUGUUGAUGCUUAUCAUGGCACUCCACUUCAAACUUUUACCGGGCACCUCAAUAACAAAGGAAUUCCUAUUGAAGCAUCAUUUAGUCCCGAUUCACAGUACAUCUUUAGUGGCUCAACAGAUGGAAGAGUACAUGUUUGGAACGCAGAUACUGGAUAUAAAGUUUGCGUUCUUAAUGGGGAUCAUCCAGCUCCAAUUCAGUGUGUGCAGUUUAAUCCCAAGUACAUGUUGUUAGCAUCUGCAUGUACUAAUAUGGCCUUUUGGCUACCAACUGUAGAUGAUGUCUAAGUAUUGUAUUUGAAGAUUUAAUAUAAUUAUUAAGUAUAA